AUGGAAUUUGAGACCGACGAGCGCAAAAAGUCGCAAUUACAGGUAGUUGUCGAAAGAGCCAAGCACUGGAGAUUCCCAUUAGUAAAAGAAGAUUUCAUUCUCGAGUGGACGGGCGAGCGGGAUGAAUCCUCUUGGGAGGGCGUGCGAGACCUCAAGGACGACUACCAGUUCAAGAACGAGCAGCCUAUGCGAGCGGACGUCCUAAAUCGGAGGUAUUACGUGGUGAGGAUGACUUGGAGAGCCCUAAAGACUACCAUAUGA